UAUUAAUUAGCUUUAGCAAUAGUGUAUAAACUUCGUUUUACUAAUUCAUAGUACCGCUUGACCGGUUAUCUUUUUAUUUAAUUUUUCAAUUUCUUUUAUGAAGUAGUCAAUUUUCGCUACCCUAUUUUGAUCAUAUUCUUUUAUUUUGUGGCUAUUAUAAAUUAUAUUUUAUAUACACACAUAUUUUACACGCACUAACACACGCAUGUGUGUGUUUUUUGUGGGCAUAUAUAUUUGACUCUGAACCGAAAAAAAUAAAAAAAAAAUCAAAUUUCUUGGAUAGGUUCUAAAAUGGAGAAGCCGGCCGCAACAAAGUCAAAGAACAAGAUUAUGAAGUUUCUACCAAAAGCGGUGUCGUUUCAGAAUAUUCCGUUCAGUCCCCGGCGAGAUUUGAGGGCCGAUGUGAAUUCGCACAGAGUGAAAGCCCUUCAGAACAAGGGUUUCUCCGGCCCGAUGAUUCCGGCGGAAGCCCGGCGGAAAUCGAAGAACUUCGAAACACAAGAACCCACUUCGCCGAAGGUGUCGUGCAUGGGGCAAAUCAAGCACAAGAGCAAGAAGAGCAAGAGUAACAAGAUAUCCAAACAGAAACACGUUUCUUUGCCCAAGGAAUUCAAGCCUGCGGAAACCCGCAAAAUUAGGGCCGCGGCGGCGGUUCCGGCCGCGGAGAAGAAGGAGUCGGGAAUCAAGAAGCUUUUCGGCGCCGGAAGGAAAUCCGAUGCGUCGAUUGAUUAUAAGAGGCCGCCGAUUUCUGAAACGGCUCCGAGCCUGAACCAGAUGAGGAAAUUCGCCAGCAGCCGCGACACGUUCGCGAAUUUUGAUUGGACGACCGCUCAAAUUGCGCCGGAGGAGGAAGACCGGGGAUUUUACUCCGACGACAGUGAUGAUGACGUCAUCAUACCUUUUUCUGCGCCGAUUCUGAUGGCUGGAGCCGGUGGUGGUGUGUUCGGCUUGGAUUUGGAGCCGAGGAAGGAGAUCAACUUGUGGAAAAGAAGAACUAUGGCUCAGCCCAAGCCGAUAAUAAUGUAAGCUAAUGGUUUCGGUUCGGUUUCGAUUCCAUUUCCGAGUUUUUGGUGAAUUUCCGUAAAGCAUUUUAUUGUAAACGAGAUACACAUACAAUGAUACGAAUAGAUAUAUGUAUAUGUACAUGUAUAUACGAUUAAGUAGUGGUUUUUCAUUUUUUUUAAA